GCAGCCCUGCAGCUCAUGGGGUUCCUCUGUGUGUGCCCCUCAGAUCUCAGCAAGUCCAUGGCGGCGCGGCAGAAACUGGAGGCACAGUUGACUGAGAACAACAUUGUCAAGGAGGAGCUGGGGCUGCUGGAUGCGACCAACACCGUCUACAAGCUGAUUGGCCCGGUGCUGGUGAAACAGGACAUGGAUGAGGCUAAAGCCACUGUCAGCAAGCGGCUGGACUACAUUGCUGGGGAGAUCAAGCGCUACGAGAUGCAGAUGCAGGAGUCUGAGAAGAAGGCAGAACAGCAGCGGGAGGUGCUGGCCCGGCUGCAGCAGGAGUAUCAGCGAGCCCAGGGCAAGGGGGCCGCCAAGGCAUGGGCCGGGGGGGGGGGGGGGGGGGGGGGCU